AUGACAGGGGAUAGUCGCUCGGAAGUUAAGGAGCUUGAUGCUUGGAUUGAGCAGCUUUAUAAUUGUCAGCAGCUAUCCGAAGCUCAUGUUAAAUCGCUGUGCGACAAGGCAAAAGAAAUUCUAACUAAGGAAUCAAAUGUACAAAAUGUCUCCAGUCCAGUUACUGUCUGUGGGGAUGUUCAUGGUCAGUUUCACGACAUGAUGGAGUUAUUCCGCAUUGGGGGGAAGGCUCCGGACACUAACUACUUGUUUAUGGGUGACUACGUAGAUCGGGGUUACUGCUCCGUUGAGACGGUUACUCUCCUCGUUGCUCUUAAGGUCCGUUUCCGUGAUCGAAUAACUGUUCUGCGAGGGAACCAUGAAAGUCGUCAAAUUACUCAGGUCUACGGCUUCUAUGACGAGUGUUUGCGCAAAUACGGAAACUCAAAUGUUUGGAAAUACUUUACGGAUCUUUUUGACUACCUUCCUCUCACUGCUUUGGUCGACAACUCCGUACAUGUCCUUUUAAUCGGGUUAUAUGAGAUUUAG